AUGAAGCUAGUAGUAGAAGUAAUAGAUGCUCAUGAUCUUAUGCCCAAAGAUGGUGAAGGAUCAGCCAGUCCAUUUGUAGAAGUUGAUUUCCAAAACCAGAUUAGCCGAACCGAAACUAUCCCAAAGAAUCUCAACCCCAUUUGGAACCAGAAACUUGUCUAUAAUUUCGACAAAACCAGAAACUACCGCCACCAUUUUAUUGAGGUCUCUGUUUACAACGAAAGGAGACCGAUUCCAGGCAGAAACUUUCUUGGAAGGGUCAGAAUUCCUUGCUCAAAUAUUGUUAGGAAAGGAGAGGAAGUUUAUCAAAGUUUUCAGCUACAAAACAAAUCCAUUUUUACGUUCGUCAAAGGUGAAAUUGGCCUAAAAAUCUAUAUCUCCCCAGAAUCCAAGCCAAAAUUUGUGUCGCCUAUUUUACAGUCAUCACCAGCACAUACUAAUCCUCCUAAACUAGCCAUUUCUGAAAAUACACACCAUACUGAUUCACCUCUUGCUCUUUCUCCUACUCAAGCAUCUACUGUAAAAACUGUCAAAGCUAAACAAGUAACCGAUAACUGUGCAGUUUCCUCACUUGAAUCUCAAAGUAAUAAAACUAAAUCAGGUAACGAUUCUCAAGUUCAGGAGCCCAAGGUUGUGAUCGAAGACCUUGACGAAAUUAGAGCAGAAACUAUUCAUCACGUUCAAAAACAUCAAGUUAUGCAGCAACCGCGUCUCUCACUGAGGAGGAGACCAGAAGGUAUCCAAUCAACAAUGCAGCGUCCAGUUAAUCCACAACCUCAUCCAAGUCCUCAAGACGAGUAUGAGGUGAAAGAGGCAAGUCCCCAGCUAGGUGAGCAAUGGACGAAUGGUGGAGCUUAUGGUGGAAGAGGCUUGAUAAAUGGUGAAAGAACAACAAGCACAUACGACCUUGUUGAGCAAAUGUUUUAUCUUUAUGUUCGAGUAGUUAAGGCCAAAGAUCUUCCACCUAGCCCUGUCACUGGAAGCUGUGAUCCUUAUGUUGAAGUGAAACUUGGUAACUAUAAAGGAAGAACAAAAAGUUUAGAAAGGAAGACGAAUCCUGAAUGGAACCAAGUGUACGCAUUUUCUAAGGAGCGUAUCCAAUCAUCAGUAUUAGAAGUUUUCGUGAAGGACAAAGAGACGGUGGGAAGAGAUGAUUACUUUGGAAGGGUGGUUUUCGACCUGAAUGAGGUUCCAACAAGGGUUCCACCUGAUAGCCCCUUGGCUCCUCAAUGGUACAGACUGGAGGAUCGACGUGGGGAACGGAAGGUGAGGGGAGAUAUUAUGAUUGCAGUUUGGAUAGGAACUCAAGCUGAUGAAGCAUUUACAGAUUCUUGGCAUGCUGAUGCUGCUUCUGUCCAUGGAGAGGGAGUUUUCAACAUCAGGUCCAAGGUUUAUGUCUCACCAAAACUUUGGUAUCUAAGAGUAAAUGUGAUUGAAGCUCAGGACGUAAUUCCUAACGACAGAAGCCGUCUCCCAGAAGUAUUUGUGAAAGUCCAGGUGGGAAAUCAAGUGCUCAGAACUGGUAUAUGCCCAACUCGAACUGCAAACCCAAAGUGGAAUGAAGAUUUAGUUUUUGUAGCUGCCGAGCCAUUUGAGGAGCAGCUUGUACUAACCAUUGAGGAUCAGGUUCACCCUUCAAAAGACGAUGUGUUGGGAUCAAUAGCUCUACCUCUUUUUACUUUUGAAAAGCGACUAGACCACCGACCGGUGCAUUCUCGCUGGUUCAACCUUGAAAAGUAUGGGUUCGGUGUCCUGGAAGCUGAUAGGAGGCAAGAGCUCAAAUUUUCAAGCAGAAUACACUUGAGGGUUUGUCUUGAAGGUGGAUAUCAUGUACUGGAUGAAUCAACGUUGUACAUAAGCGAUCAACGCCCAACAGCAAAGCAGCUUUGGAAGCCACCAGUGGGAAUACUAGAAGUAGGAAUAUUAGGUGCACAAGGGCUUCUCCCUAUGAAGAUGAAGGAUGGCAGAGGAACUACAGAUGCUUACUGUGUGGCCAAAUAUGGCCAGAAAUGGGUUCGAACACGAACUAUUCUCGACAAUUUCAGUCCCAAAUGGAAUGAACAGUACACUUGGGAAGUCUAUGAUCCAUGUACAGUCAUAUCAUUGGGGGUCUUCGACAAUUGCCACUUAGGAAGCGGCAAGCUUGGAGCUGGUGGAUCACGAGAUUCACGGAUUGGGAAGGUACGCAUAAGACUAUCAACCCUGGAAGCUCACCAAAUCUAUACAAAUUCUUAUCCUCUUCUUGUAUUGCACCCAUCAGGGGUUAAGAAAAUGGGUGAGCUCAAACUUGCAAUUAGAUUUACUAGCUUGUCCCUGGCUAAUAUGAUACAUGUUUACGGGCACCCAUUAUUGCCCAAGAUGCAUUAUUUACAUCCUUUCACAGUGAAUCAAAUAGAUAACUUGAGAUACCAGGCUAUGAAUAUUGUUGCUGUGAGGCUUGGUCGAGCAGAACCUCCAUUGAGAAAAGAGGUGGUGGAGUACAUGCUGGAUGUCGAUUCCCAUAUGUGGAGUAUGAGAAGAAGCAAGGCUAACUUCUUCCGAAUCAUGUCACUUCUCUCCGGUAUGAUAUCUAUGAAUCGAUGGUUUACCGAUGUUUGUCACUGGAAGAACCCGAUCACAUCAGUUUUAGUCCAUAUUCUAUUUCUGAUAUUGAUCUGGUACCCCGAGUUGAUACUCCCAACGGUCUGUCUCUACAUGUUCCUCAUAGGACUAUGGAACUAUAGGUAUCGACCGAGGCACCCAUCUCAUAUGGACACAAAGCUUUCCUGGGCAGAAGCAGUGCACCCUGAUGAGCUUGAUGAGGAAUUUGACACAUUCCCCACCUCUAGGCCACAUGAUGCUGUUCGAAUGAGGUAUGAUAGGCUAAGAAGUGUAGCAGGCAGAAUUCAGACAGUAGUGGGAGACAUAGCCACACAGGGGGAGAGAUUUCAGUGUCUUCUUAGCUGGAGAGACCCCAGGGCAACAAGCCUAUUCAUUCUAUUCUGUCUUUGUGCAUCGGUGGUUCUUUAUGCGACUCCAUUUCGAGUUGUGGCUUUAGCUUCUGGAUUGUAUAUGCUGCGGCACCCCAGGUUUAGGAGCAAGUUACCAUCUGUUCCCAGCAAUUUCUUCAAGAGAUUGCCAGCUCGAACAGAUAGUAUGCUCUGA